AUGUCUUCGUCAACGCCAACGCCGCCGCUGCCAAUCAUCACCACCGCACCGCCGACCACCGCCGGCCCCGGUCACCGUCACCACCGCCGGUUUCCCCAUGCCGCCGGCCCCGGUCACCUCCGCUGGGCCGACAACCGCCGUUUUCACGCCAGAAGAAGUCACCAUCAUCUUGCGGGAUCUCGUGACGGCCGUCCAAGGCAUCCAUCUGUACCUGGCCGGGUCGUCCGCACCUCCGCCGGCUGCGACUACCGCCGCCUACGGCCACCCUGCGCUGUCGUGGCCGUCCCAGGGUGCGCCUGCAAUGGGCGGGCCACCGUUGGCGCCGUUCCAGGCGGGGCACCCCAGCGGGCCGCCUCCGCCGCUACUGCACCUGCCCUGGUACUCGGUACCCGCGACGAUCGCCGGGGCCCAUCCGUCGUUUCAGCCGCCGCCCGCCCCAGUGCCGUCCUAGCCGCAGUGGCCCGCGCCGGUUCUCGCGGCGCCAUCCGCGCCCGCCCCAGCGCCGCCGUGGCCGCACUGGCCCGCGCGCCGGCCCCAGCCGAGCAAACCGGGCCGCCUGCGCCGGUCCAGCUCCCACCGCCGCCGCCGAGCUCCGGACUAGGCCAGUCCACACCGGGAAGCCUCCCGAUCCAGCAGGUCCGGUUUCCGCCGUCACUGUCCCAGAUCCCGGCCUGGCUAACCGGGACGUCGCCACCGCUAGUUUACAAGGGGGCCGGGGACCCACCGGUACCCACGCUGCAGUCUGGGGCCUCGUCCGGCUCCGCGGGGGCCUAUGACGGUCUCCCCACCGUUGACCGGGCGCCGUCAUCAUCACUGCUCCGCACUGCCAAGCCGGUCGGCCAUGGCACGCCGACCCAGAUGCAGCCACGGUUCGCCAAGAUCGACUUCGCCACUUAUGACGGCACAGAGGACCCGCUUAACUGGCUCAACCAGUGUGAGCAGUUUUUCCGUGGGCAGCGCACGCUCGCAUCGGAGCGCACUUGGCUGGCAUCCUACCACCUCCGCGGUGCAGUCUAG